AUGUCUCCGGCUUAUCGCAAUCCAAUCGGUGUCGUGUCACUUUGGCUAGGCUUCAUUUUGAUGCUUCUGUCAUGCGUGAAAGCAUACGAAAAAAUAUCAGAUGAGACGCUUAAUCGCCUUUCCCGGCCCAACAACGACUUCGAUAUCCACAAUGGUGCUCUGUUGUCACCUAUACUAAGGACCCGCGUUCCUGGCACCCCCGGCUCCACCGCAGUGCUCAAUCAUUUCGCUGAUUUUUUUCGAACCACAUUACCAAAUUGGACAGUCGAGGUCCAAAACUCUACGGCUAAGACGCCUGUGUCAAAAGGGAAGGAGAUCCCAUUCCGAAACUUCAUCGCUACUCGUGAUCCUCCUUGGGCUCCGGUUGGUGACGUUAGCCGCUUGACACUUGUCGCUCAUUAUGACAGCAAGCUAGAGCCGGAAGGCUUCAUUGGAGGCAUUGACAGUGCUGCGCCAUGUGCGAUGAUCAUGCAUGCGAUGCGCAGCGUCGACGCUGCGCUGGAGAAGAAGUGGUCUGCAUUGGAGAAGCAGGGAUUACAUGAAUAUCUCGACGAGGUGCAGGGUCUUCAGGUCAUUUUCUUGGAUGGCGAAGAAGCGUUUCAAGAGUGGACUGACACUGAUUCUCUCUACGGAGCUCGUGCCCUUGCUACGCAUUGGGAUGACCAAGUCUAUCCCGCGAUGUCAGAAUUCAAAACACCGUUGUCAUCGAUAUCUCUUUUCGUUCUUUUAGAUCUGUUGGGUGCGAAAUCUCCGUCGAUCCAAUCUUACUAUGAGACGACCCACUGGGCUUAUAAGAACUUGGGCGCACUGGAAGGGCGGUUCAAGUCCUUAAAGCAAUUCAAAUCUGCGUCGGCUGAUCGGUGGUUUAUCGACGCCGCGAAGGAUGAGCGCAACCUCAAAAGCUUUGGGGGUAUCCAGGAUGAUCAUCUUCCGUUCUUAGCAAAGGGAGUCGAAGUCCUUCAUCUCAUUGACUAUGCCCCCUUCAAGGGAUUUCCUUCUGUGUGGCAUACACUCGAUGACGACGGCGAACAUCUGGACAUGGAUACCGUCGAGGACUGGAGUAUGCUCAUCACUGCCUUUGUUGCGGAGUGGAUGGAGUUGGAGGGCUACUUCGAUCAACCACCUGCUGUCGGUGUACGCAGUGACGAAGAUUCCGACGAGUCAGAAGCGAUUCGCUUAAACAAGAAGACUGAGUUGUAA